AUGAAUGAUGAUUUUGAAUCAUUUCAAGUGGAUAGUACGGGAGAAUUUGCUUUCUUAUUGAAUUCAAAAAGUGAAUUGAUUAAGGUGAAACUAGACGAAUCUGCAAAAUCUAUUUGGAAAGUAAAUGGUGUUUUACAAUUUUGUUUGUGUAAUUCAAAGAGUGAAAUAUACACAGUAAGCAAGUACGAUAACAAAAAUGUGACAGUAAGAAUUUGGGAAGAUUCUAAUGGAAUACUGAAGCGUGAAUUAGUAAUUAAAGAUUGCAAAAAGUUGUCUGAUUUUGAUUUGAUAAAUAUGAAACGAGAUGAUAAGAAACGUUUACUAUUUCUAUUCAGAAAUGAUCUGAGAACAAGGUUAAACAGUAAGAUCGUUUUGUAUGAUGAGAUAAGAAAUCAGUCAAUUAAGAUGAAAAUGACUGAAAUAUCUAUGGUAGAUUUCACAAAAGAAGGCUACUUGCUUUUUUAUUCAGGCGUAGAUCUAGCAUAUAUUUAUGAUGAUAAGAGUGGACUUGUACUUUUGGAAAUGUUAUUGCCCUGUAGUUUCAAUUCAGUUUCCUAUUUUGAAACAAUUUCGAAUACUCUCUGCCGCUUUGGUAUUUGUCCAGUAGAAAAGGAUAGGAUUGAAAUUUUAUCAAAUGUUGUUAACAUGCCACUUAAAGAAGAAACAUGCCAAUCUUUACAGAGGCUAGGAUGCCAACUACCAAUAAGCAUUCAAGUCGAUUUUGAAUGGCUUGGCUUUUUCAUUCCUGAUUAUUUACAAAUGUUACUAACAACCAACUAUGGAAAUAUGCAAUUUUGGUAUCAAGAUGAUGAGCUAGCUGCACGAUUCAAAUUUAUCACUACUCCACAUUCUCUCAAUUUUGAAGAUCAUGUCGUUAUAAGUGAUUCAGAUGAUAACUUGACUGUGUCUGUAAAGAAAUCAGACCUUUCAAUUCAUAAUAAUUUCAGUGGUGAUUUUCCCAUUUACUUGUCUUUUAUUGAUUCUAAAAAGGGAAUUUCGAUCAAGAGUUUUACAUUAUCAGAAUUUAUUCCAAAAUUGCUAAUUGUAGAAUGUGGUAAAAAAGUAUUAUCAUUUACUAUUUGCUUUGCAAAGAUAUUUGAAGAAUUAUUAGAGAUUGGAAUAAUCGAUUCGAAAAGAAACAUUAAUCCUACCACUCUAUUAGAAAGAUAUCAAGAAAUAAUUUGUAGUUCCAUGCAGGAAAAUAUGAAUAUUAAUUUAUUGGGAGAAUACUUUGGACAUUCAACUAUUCGUCUUGACGAAAGAAUAUACAAAAAGAUGGAUCUGAUUGUAUUGGCCAAAUAUUGUCCAAAGUAUUUAAAAUUAUUUGGACAAAUCAUUUUUUGA